GCUGCCGUUGAGAAAAAGAUUGGCAAUACAUACUUAGCUUUGUCCUUUGACGCAGCUGGUAUAUGAGAAGUUUUGAUGAGGUCUCACACCCCCUCUCUGAAAACGAACCAGGGGUUUGAGAAGUUUGUCUGGCUUGGAGACACUGGAUUGGGAGGGCUCGCACCUUGAGCCAGUCCUUUCUCAACUAGAGGACACGUUCCCAUGUACUCUCCAGCGGUAGCAAAUCUGGACAAUAGCUACUAGCACGGGACCGCUGAUUACAGAACUUGAGAGUGCGAGCUGCAGGGCGAGACAUUGCAAUCAUGGUUCUCCACGAUAUGGACAUCUUGAUUGCAGUCGCAACAGGGCUGGGAAAGAGGGAAGAGGACGCCAGUGGGUCUGAGUACUACCUCAAGGACCCGGAAUGUCUCGAAAAUCUAAAGGAUCUACAGCGCUUUAUGCGCCGAGACAAUCCGGAGUCUCGGGACGUCUUCAUGCAGCUUGGACAGUGGAACAUUGUCCGUCGGGAUCUGGUGCCGAUCAUCACUACCUACCGGAGCAACUAUGAGCUCGUUCUAGCGGCAGUCAAGGUCAUUGUCUUCUUAACGAUGCCCCCCGUUCCGGAGAGUGACAACGUAAGCCGCCAGCUAGAGUACCUGCAACGCUUCAAAGCGGCGUUCCUGGAGGACGAGGCGCUGGGGGUCAUUGUGGCCAUGAUGGAAGAACCGCUGGCGCACCUUGAAAGUGACGAGUUCACCGACGACGAUGCGCGCCUGGUCCAGCUGUUCCUGACGCUGUUCCGCAACCUGCUAGCCAUCUCCGACCCCUCAGCGCAGCAGACGACAGCCUCAGGGGGCGCGCACCUUGCCUACAUGAAGGAGGAAUUGCUGGAGCGCCUGUUCCGGGAGAGCGUCAUGGACCUGCUUCUCGCAUUGGCGCCCCACGUGAGCCGCGACGGGCGCAAGGGCCCGCUGCGCAACGACAACCUGCUACUGCUCGAGAUCUUCUACUUCACCUUCAAGGACCAGCGCCCGCUGGACCUGCUCACUACGGCGGACGAGAGAGACGCCGGCAAGGCGUCCAAGACCGCAAGCGCUGCGGCGCUGGAGAUGCAGCAGCUGGUGGAGAAGGAGCAGCGCAAGAGGGCGCAACUGCUCAUGAACGGACCGCCGCGGCACUCCUUCUUCGCCGGAACGUACACCAGGAAGUGGAAGGAUGGCGCACCUUCGAUCGUCCGCACCAACCCGUUCGUGUCCGACUUCGACCGCCUCGCGUCCAAAAGCAGCGUCCGAUCCGCCCGUAUGAAGCCCGUCGCGGCUCGCGAGGAGAUGGUCCACCUAAACGCCCAAGUCAGGGGGAUGCUCAAGGAGCACGCCGACCAGUUCCUUGAAGGGGGGUACAACGUGCUGAUGAAGACGGUGAAGGACGACAUCCGACGGGAGAGCCCUCGCGCGACGCCCAUGGACGCCGUCAUGUUCUUCAAGGUCGCGGGCUUCUUCACAGCGUACCAAAAAGAGCGCCUCCAGGGUGCCAAGUCAGCCAAGGCGGCCGCUCAGCGCGCCGCCAGCAAAAGAACUCCAGAGGAGAGCGAGAAAGAAUUGAAAGCGGCCGAUGACGCUUUUGCUAUGGCGGUGCGCGGGUGCGGAGAGAUCGCAGCGACCAUGGAUGAGGAGAUGUUCAACAUGGUGGUCGCCCGAUGGCGCGAGUACGCGGAGACCAUCAAGGAGGGCAAGGAGUUCACCGCGCUCGCGGCCGCGGGGGCGCUGCUGAAAGACAUGAUCCACAUCCUGGACCUGAUCCUCAAGACCGCGGACGCGCGCACGGAGGCGGGCAAGCGCGAGCGCAGCGUGGCGCACAUCCUACUGCUCAAAGUGUUCUACGACCAGACGGACACCGGCAUCCUCAGCUUUCUUGUCCGGCUCAUCAAGGCGUACGACAGCUCCAAGCAGCCCAAAGCCGACAUGGGCACUUUGGUUGAGAUGGCGCACACGAUCCUGCGCAUGCUGGAGGAGUACAGCAAGGCCAACGGCGAGAUCCGCGUGCUCAAAAAGGUGCGCAAAGUGCGCCGCAGAAAGAAGCUGCCCCCGGUAAUGGAGGCCGAGCAACCGGUUGACGAGACGGAGCGACCGGUUGAGGGUACCGAGCGACCGGAGGAUGCAGACGAGUGGCCGGAAGACGGGGACGGGGGUUUAGAAAAGGACGCAGCGAUCAAUGAGGGGAACGCGGAAAGAUUGGGAGAAGAGGGAGAGCAAGCGCAGGAAGAAAUGCAAGGAGAUUUGGGUGAAGCUGAGGGGCCGGUAGGAGAGACCGAGGGGCUGGAAAUCGAGACCGAGCUUGUCGAGAAAGGAGACGGGGAGGUGGAAGGAGAGACUGAACGCCCAGGAGAAGAAACCGAGCGCUUGCCUAACGAGAAACCAGACCUGAACGGACUGGGAGGUGAUACGGAACUCCCACUCGGUGAAGAUGCGGAACCAGUGGCCGUGGAAGUGGGACACGGGGCCCCGGCUAAAGCCUUAAGCGACCCUCUCGCUGAGCAUGACCGCCCGGAAAACCCGGAAGAGGGGGAGACGGAUCCUGCGACUGGGGCGGCGGCUGAGACGGAAGCGCUGGGCGACCAGGCGGCAGAGAAUGGCACUCAGAGGUCGCCCGAAAGACGCGACGGGCUCGUCGAGUCGGACCGGGAGGAUAGUUCCAACCCGGGGCACGGGAACAGCUUCGGGCAGCGGCCGGAUUCCGCCCCGGAAGAGAGCGGAGUCGUCCGCUUCGACGCGCCGGAAGGCAGUGACGUCAUCCGGUUCGACGCCGCCGAGGAGAGCGGCGUGAUCCGCUUCGACGGGCCGGAGAAUUCCGGCGAGGUGAGCCAGGCGCGCGCGCGCGCGGCCGCGGCCGCGGGCGAGGUCGCGUCGGCGGGCUUGCAAGACGAGUACGAAGAGUACGAGGAAGAAGAGGAAGAAGAUAACACGCGCGAGGUGGUUUUGGACGCGAAAGCGUGCGCGUUUCUGUUUGCGGACAACACGGUGGUGCGAAACCUGGUCUGGAUGCUGGAAGGGUACCGGCGCAACUCGGUGCAAGUAAACUACUACAUCGGGCGGAUGCUGGAACGGAUAGCGAAGGACUGCGAACUGGAGCCGAUGCUGUACCAGCUGGCCUUCUUCGGCACCUUCUACAAGGUCGUCUCUGACGUCAGCUUCUGCCGCGCCAAGGAGAACGCGCUCCUCGCUGACGUCCUCACCCGCACCGUCCGCCAUUUCAUGGCCACCGCCGCCGAGCAGCCCCUCGUCUUUAUGGAGUUGCUGUUCUGGAAGACGGCUCGCGAGUGCCACCUCAUCUCGCAGCGGUACAAGGAGGAGCCGAAGCACAAGGGCCGCCGGGGCAACGCGCCAAAAGGGCUGGGCGGUGACGGCGAUGGGGCUUGUGGGCCAUUCGAUGCUGAAGCCGACGAGCAGCUCAAGGAGCUGUUUGAACGGUUCAAGCACGAGAAGGGCUGCAAGGACCUGAUCUACGGGGCCCUAGACGGCGAGUUCCGCAAGUCGCAUAUUGCGAAGCGGCUGAAGCAGCUGGGGCUCACCGGGACUAGGGGGCGCAAGCAGGCAGCGUUCACAGAGGAGCAGGACGAGCGGAUCAGACAGCUCUUUGACAAGUACAAGAGCAACCGCAGCUGCGCAGCCCUGAUCGCCGGCGACCUCGAAGGCGGCUUCACCAGGGCGCAGGUCGCCCGCCGUUUGAAGCAGCUGAACCUGAGCCGCCCCAAGAAGGGCGCAUUUGAUGCCCUCAUCGAGACCUCCAGUGACGACAGCUCGGAUGACGACAGCGAGAGGGAACGAGACAAUCUUGAAGAAAAUGAGAGGGGGGAGGAAGACAUGCCGGACGGCGAUGCUGGCGCGCCGCCGACAGAGACGUGGGAAGCGGACAGAGCGGUUGGGGAAGCGGAUCAGAACGAGGUCACACAACGCGUGCAUCAGCUGAUGAGAUACGGCACUCUGGAAGAGGGCGAUGCUAUUGAGUGGGUCGUUGCCAAGAUCGACACGGUGCUGGCCGACUGGAAGGGGGAUCCCUCCAGCGCACCCGCUGCUGACGUCACUGCAGACGGCGCGGCCCGUCCGUCUGACGCAAAGAAAACCGAUGGUGACGUUGGCAAACAGAGCGACGAGCACCCCACCCAGGAAGCUGGUGUUCAGGAGGAAGGGGGCAAAGAGAGGAAAGCGGCGACGGGGACGAAGAGUGACGUCUUCGCUGACGUGGCUGGCGCUGGAAGUGGGAGCGGGGCGGAAGAAGGGACAGGGCAGGGGAAUGACGAGUCAUUGGAGAGGGGUGCAGAUGAGGCGGUUGCGAUGGAGGUGGAUGGAGGCGAAACUGCGGAGCCGGCAGAAAUACACGCAGAGGCGGCGGGAGAAACGGAGGGUGUUAUGCUCGGGGAAGACCUGCCGACCAACGAGGAGGGGGGAGAGAACCCCUUGGAAGCGGACGCUCCUGCAGGCUCCGGUGUUAAUGCACCCGAACAAGGUCAGAACGCUGCAAAUGGGGGGGACGAAGCUCCCAAGGAACAGGGGGGGUUUUCAGGUGAAGAAGCCCCCGAAGACCUGCAGGCGCCGGCAGGCACCGAGGGUAGCAACGCACAGCCGAGACUCCGAUUUUACGAUCUAUUCCGAUGA